CACUCCCCCCCCACUCCUCUCCGGUCUCCGCCCACCACGCUCUCCUCUUCGCACGGGCACAGCAGACCCAGCCGCGAUCCCACCACGCCUGGCCGCGGGCGUCGCCUUCCCGCGCCGACGGCCGCGCGCACGCGGAAACCGCCCCGCUUGCGGCACCGCAGGCACCAAGUGGGAGGCCCCCUCGGGCUGUUGCCUUGCGCGUUCUUGACGGAAGCCUUACCUCCCCCCGCCGCAUUGCAUCGCGCUGCGGCUCCACCGCAGCCUGCCGCUGAUUGCGCCCGCGGGGACGGGCGCUGGAGCCUUGUCGGACGGAAUCGAAGUUUCAAACAGAUUAGAAGUACUCCGAAAUGGGUGCUAGAGAUAACAUGGAAGGGAGAGAAGAGAAGAGGGGGGUUGGAUCAGAUUAUGUACAUGCUAGGGACUCCUUUUCAUCACAGGGCGAGUCUCGGGUUCCAAGGAAGCUCAGUAGAAAGGAGACUAAAGAAAAUAGCCCCCGCAUGACCAAAAGCAGUGCUAGCCGUCAAGCUCAGAAUAAGCAGCAACAUAAAGGAUUAAACAAUGUUCAGAACAAAUCUCAGAAGCAAAAGAAAACAAUUAGCACUGCUAAAGCUGUUGAAGUUAGAAAGCCAGACAUAGCCAGAGUUCCUUCGCGCCCUCCGUCAGAACUGUCUGAGGAAACAGAUGAUAUAAUCAGCGAUGCUGGAACCAUCGACGAUAAAGGCAAUGAGGAGGCCAAGGAGAUCGAUGUGUUAGAUGAAGCUCCACACUGUGAUCAGAGUACUGGCACUGAUGAUGAUAUUCCUGAUAUUGAAGAGAAGAUAGUUCAUCAUGACAAAUCAGAUGUAGGUCAAGGGAAUGAGGAAUCAGAGUCGAGAAUUGACAAGUUGGAACAAGAACUUCGUGAAGUUGCUGCUCUCGAAGUUUCUCUGUACUCUGUAGUGCCCGAGCAUGGAAGUUCAGCACAUAAGUUGCAUACCCCAGCUCGGCGUCUUUCUAGGCUAUAUGUUCAUGCAUCCAAGUUUUGGUCGGCAGACAAGAGAGCUUCAGUAGCAAAAAACAUUGCUUCUGGACUCGUGCUUGUUGCAAAGUCCAGUAGCAAUGAUGCUUCAAGGUUGACAUUCUGGCUGUCCAACACAGUUGUCGUCAGGGAGAUAAUUGCACAAACAUUUGGCGUCUCACAUGUGAAUCCAACAAUGACGACCAUGAACGUGAAUGGUGGUGCCAAAAAGCUUGAUGGGAAACCUAUGACAAUGCUACGGAGAAACAGCUCCAAUGGCAAGCAAGCCAAACUUGCUGCGAUGCAGAUGCCAGAUGAUUGGCAGGAAACAAGUACAUUUUUGGCUUCAUUAGAGAAGAUUGAAUCUUGGAUAUUUUCUCGGAUUGUUGAUACAGUGUGGUGGCAGGCACUUACUCCCCACAUGCAAACGCCGGCGGAAGGUUCAUCUACUCCAAAGGCUGGCAGAGUGUUAGGUCCUGCUUUGGGUGAUCAGCAGCAGGGCACCUUUUCUGUUAACCUGUGGAAGGCUGCAUUUCAUGAUGCAUUCAGCAGAAUGUGCCCUCUUCGUGCUGGUGGACAUGAGUGUGGCUGUUUACCAGUAUUGGCAAAAUUGGUGAUGGAGCAAUGUGUAGCCCGUUUGGAUGUUGCAAUGUUUAAUGCCAUCCUUCGUGAAUCAGCAAAUGAGAUACCAACAGAUCCUAUAUCUGACCCAAUUGUUGACCCAAAAGUUCUGCCAAUCCCAGCUGGUGAUCUAAGCUUUGGGUCAGGCGCGCAGCUGAAGAACUCUAUUGGAAACUGGUCAAGAUGGUUGACAGAUAAAUUUGGCAUUGACGAUGAUGAUUCGGACAUAGGAAACGACGAUGAUGAUGAAAGAAGAGGUGCAGCUGAAUCAAAAUCAUUUCAACUGCUUAAUGAAUUGAGUGAUCUCCUGAUGCUACCAAAGGACAUGCUUCUUGAAAAAUCUAUCAGGAAAGAGGUCUGCCCCUCCAUUGGCCUUCAGUUAGUGACAAGAAUCCUGUGCAAUUUCACCCCUGAUGAGUUCUGUCCAGAUCCUGUUCCAAGCAGAGUCUUAGAGGAGCUGAAUUCAGAGAGCUUGCUGGAGCAAUGCACCAACAAAGAUGUGCUCAGCGCAUUUCCAUGCAUUGCCGCUCCUAUUGUGUACCGAGCACCUUCGACAUCAGAUGCGGCAGAGAAAGUGGCAGACAUAGGAGGCGGCACAAAGCUCGAUAGGAAAGCCUCAAUGGUACAGAGGAGAGGCUACACCAGUGACGACGAUCUGGAUGACCUGGACUCUCCCCUUGCAUCCCUAAUUGACAGGAGUGCUCCACCUUCUCCAUCAAAUGGUAUUGCGCAUUUCAGUGCUCAGAGAGGAGCUUCCAUGGAGAACAUAAGAUACACGCUCCUAAGAGAAGUAUGGUCGGAGCGGCGGUGAUCAAUGCAUCUGUAAAACCUAAAAUCUCUUCUACAGCUGCCGUAUAAGAUCACAAGAAGGUGUCGUCAUGUAUGCCCUUCAACAGUCUUUUCACAGUAACAAAAUAUGAAACACUUCUUGUACAGCAUUUUCCCGCAAUCCUAUAUAUGUAGCCCUUUUGUAGUAUAGUGCAACUCAAGAUACGGAUAGUAAGACUGUUGCACCUUGAAGUUGAAUAACACUAUCUACGGUGCAAGUUUGUGGAAUGAAGCUAUGAAAGUUCGUCUACCGACCUAGCUAGCUACCGUUGUGUAGGGUGUCGGCAUGGAUGCUGAUGCAGUAAUUCAACUGCAUUUCUA